GCCCGCAAUGAGCGGGGAAUAGGAUUCGCGUGCCUCCUGGGGCGCGGCGCAUUCCUCUCCUCCUCCGCCCACGCCGUCGCCGCCGUAAUCCUCAUCGCCUUCCUCCACCUCCCCCUCUCAAUCCACACCCCUCCUCCCCCACUAGCCGUGAAACAGGAGCAUGAACAGGAUGAGAGCUCCUCCUCCUGCGACCUCUCCUCCCCGCUGGACCAGCACCGUGCUUGACCGGCGCCUCUUCCACCUCAUGAUGCGCAGAGUCAGCGACGCCUGCCCCGACGUCCACUUCGCCCGGCCCGUCCCCGGUGACCCGCCCUCCGCCUCCUGCGACAUGGGCCUGACACGCACGCUCCGACUCCUCUGCCUCCGCCUCCGCCUCCGCCUCCCACACGGCCACCACCAAGGCUACAGCCGCUUCGCCAUCGCUAACGCCCUCGAACUCACCCUCUGCCUCGCCGCUACCUAAACCGCCGCCGGCAUGCCGGAUGAGGGAAACACCUCGGGAGGCCUGGAACAGGUGGGGAGCGCAGGGCCAGCUUGGGUUCCGCCUCAUCAGGAAAUUCGGGGACAUCCAGCCGUGGAGUUAGUAACAG